GGGGGGUUAUUCUGCUUGACAACUUCAUAUUGUUUAUGAAUUCUCUCUAGAAAAUUAUUCCUUGUUAUGAAGUUGUUUUUUAAAAAUCGCACAUACUUUUGGGGGUCAGACUCCUGAAGUUUGAGAGCUAAGCACUUGUUUUGUAACACCUGUUCGCUGGGUUUCUGCUUUGUCCAGCCGGUAAGUACUUCUUCCAUAUUCUUUUUUGGCCCAUCAUUUACUGGAGACUGAGAGAAGCAGGUGUCAGAGAUGUAGAUCUGCAGCUAGCAUCUUCUUACUGGUAUUUCCAAAAGAUGAGGCUAUGCUAAUUCCUUUUACUCUCAAUAGCUUUUUUUUGUCUGUCUUUUAAAAGUGUAAUUCUUAGCAGUAUUUUCUUUGGACUGUUGACUGUAAAUACCAAAGCAAAAGUCUACCUGAGUGCGCAAAAAUGAGCUGUUUCAGUAGAAGUAGGCUUGGGGAAGACAUUCAACAAAGUUAGUCUUUGUUAAAGUGGUGUAGUGUAAUUUGAGCCCAAACUCUUGCUUUUGUAAGUAUGUGGGGGUUUUGUCUUACCAAGGAGAAAAAAAAAAGAUGCUCAAGCCCUGUAAAAUCCUGAGGGAGGAGGUGUAGGAGGUAAUUGCAUUCAUAAAAUCUGAUAUGCUAGCUUUUUGUCAGCUUUCGUUCACCCUUUUCUAAGAAGGGGAAUGCAACUAAAUGUCUUAGUUUUUCUUCAGUAUUACUCAUGCUUUUCAGUAUCAUAUUACUUUGAUAGUGAGAAUUACCUAAUGAGGUUCUGCUAUAGGACUAAUCUCUGAGCGGAAGCAGAGAUUUUUAUUAAUAGAGCUAGACUAUCAAAUACUGACUGUUUAUUAGUUAUCGGUUAAAGGAAGGAGCUAUGAUAGUUUUGAGUUAAGCCGCAAGGGACUGAUCAGAUGCAAACUUUGUAAGCAGAAGCAGGAAACAUGGAAAGUGAUUUUUUUUUUUUUUUUUUUUUUUUUUUUUUUUUUAAUUCUUAACUCCUGAGCAAUAAUUGGGGUCCUUUUUAACACUGGAUGAGAGGGAUGGGUGUGGAAAUGCAUUUAAACCACUAAUAUACAUUUGUCUUUAUUCCAGUAAAUGAGGAAUUGCGAACACAAGACCUACUUCCCUACAUCAUGUAGACUUCUGCUUUCCAGAACUGUAGCCUGUCACAGAUACCAGUAGUAAGGACAGAUGAGUAACUCUUAAGGAUAGAGGAUAUGUAUGCAUGCAUAUUGGUUAUCUUGCUGUACAGACCCAAGUGGAGACAAAGCACUCGUUUUUGCUGUGAGAGGGGUAGCCAGAUCUAUACCCACACUUCUGGACCUGACAUCUCUUAGAUCGUAAUGAUAAAGCAGUGAAGAUGUGGCCCAUGCUAAGCCCAGAUACUGCUGUCUGAGAUGCUUGUCCAUCUGCUCAAAGGCCGCUGGUCCACAGCCAAAGAUAAGCCUGAGGAGAGUGGUGCAAAACCUAAGCAUGUGCUUAGUAACAGAGGAACCCAAACUGAAAGCAAGAAGCCUCUGGAAGAGACAAAAAGUGGGAAAAAGCUGGAUGAAAACAAGGGAGCAUGUGAGAAGGUGAACGCUUCUAGUGCAGUAGCCCACAAAGCUGACUCCAAACCCCAAGUUAAAGAGAGGACAGCGCAGCAGCAACUAGUAGACGGUGCUGGCAAAACACACAGCUCUAAGAGCUGUCAACAGCAAAAGGACGUUGGUGUCAAAGCUUUGAAUCAACACAAUGGUCUUCCCUUCGUAAAUCAAGAUCAUGUAGGCAACCAAAAUGUUCCUGCUAAAGCACACGAUAUGGACAGAGCCCCACGCCUAGAUAAGUGCCACAGACAGCUUGUUCAUCAGAAACUCAGAGAGAAUGAAAACAAACCUCCAUCGUCAAGUGCGGCAUCCCGGGAAGCUGUGCCCUCCACAUCCCAGGCUAUAUCUGACACAGGGUGUGAAGUGACACAUACCAGGAUAUCCAUCAAUGUACAUAUGACUGAAAUGAAAGAAAAGGUGGAGAUGACCAAUGAAGGAAACUUAAAUGAUCACAGAGGUAAAAGUCCCAAAGUAAAAUCCCCAUCCUCCACACUAGCAGAAGUGGAAGGAGUCAAACAGCUACCUGACAAAUUAAAACUUCAACAGAGUCCUAAAAACAUCAGCACUGAGCCAAAUCAAGAAGUGAAAGGAGACAAUAAGCAAAAUGAACUUGCGCCUCAAACAGGGAAGCAACAGCCAUUACUGAGCAAGCCCAAACCAGGUAAAAAGGCUGAAGAGAAAUCAGAAUUAAAAUGCAAGCCCAUAACCUCAAAGAAUACGUCUGUGAAGGAGCCUACAAAAGAUGUGGGGGUAGAAGUGAAAAUCCAUCAAGAAACAGCAAAAGCAGAAGAAUCCCCAACACAUAGCAACUCUGGGAGGAGAGAAUCCGAGUCUGCAUCUUCAGGGGGAAGUGAAAGUGAUGCUUAUCAGUGUACAGGAAUGGCACCAGUGAAGCCUACAUCAUUGGAAGCUAGCAAAGAGCUUCCCACGCAGGAAGAAAUGAUCAUCGAUGACAGCCCUUCUCCUCCGGCUCCUUUCGAACAUCGCAUAGUGAGUGUCAAGCAAACAGAGGUGACAAUGUGCUACUCAGUGUGUCGUCACGAAGUACUGGGGGGGGGGCGUUUUGGGCAAGUUCACAAGUGCACGGAAAUAUCAACUGGUCUCAGCCUGGCAGCCAAAAUCAUAAAAGUGAAAGGAGCAAAAGAGAGGGAGGAAGUAAAAAAUGAGAUUAAUGUCAUGAACCAAUUAAAUCACGUGAAUCUGAUCCAGCUUUAUGAUGCUUUCGAAGCCAAAAAUAAUAUCACUUUGAUUAUGGAAUAUCUUGAUGGUGGUGAAUUAUUUGACCGGAUCACAGAUGAAAACUACAAUCUAACUGAGUUGGAUGCGAUCCUAUUUACCAAACAGAUUUGUGAAGGAGUGCACUACUUGCACCAGCAUUAUAUUCUCCAUUUAGAUCUGAAGCCUGAAAACAUACUAUGUGUAAAUCACACAGGAAACCAGAUUAAAAUUAUUGACUUUGGAUUAGCAAGGAGGUACAAACCUCGUGAGAAACUGAAGGUUAAUUUUGGAACUCCAGAGUUCUUGGCUCCUGAAGUGGUGAACUAUGACUUUGUUUCUUUCCCAACGGACAUGUGGAGUGUAGGCGUCAUCACGUAUAUGUUGCUUAGUGGCCUGUCCCCAUUCCUGGGAGAAACUGAUGCAGAGACAAUGAAUUAUGUAGUUAAUUGCAGCUGGGAUUUUGAUGCAGAAGCAUUUGAACAGCUAUCAGAGGAAGCUAAAGACUUCAUUUCCAGACUACUUGUGAAGGAGAAAAGCUGUCGGAUGAGUGCAACGCAGUGUCUGAAGCACGAGUGGUUAAACAAUCUACCUGCCAAAGCCAAGAAGUCCAAGCUUCGCCUGAAGUCCCAGUUGUUGCUCCAGGGUUACAUGGCUCACAGAAAAUGGAAGAAACAUUUUUAUGUGGUGGCGGCUGCUAAUAGGCUGAAGAGAUUUCAGAGUAUGUCUGUCAAGCUUGCCUAAGCUUAUAUGAAGCAUCUGCCACUCUUGGAGAUGGACAUGAAGCCAUGGAAGGACUCAGUAUAUUCAAUAAUUUCUACCCCUUUGUUUUAUAACAUAAGGUUUUGGGUUUGUCCUCCUCAAAUAUUAUGUGUGGUAGUGCUAAGGUUCCAGAAGCACCUCAAGGAAGAGGCACUGAAAUAAUUUCUCAAAGCAGAAGCUACCUUGUUUCUAUUUACAAGUUUUUAGUUGUUGUACAUAGUGAUGGAAAAACAUGGCUGUUAUUGGGGCUGACUUCUUGCUGAAGGCUUUGCUUCUGCAGAGUAUUGUUGGUGUGUUUACACAAGAAAACACCUUGUCAGUUUUCUGGUUUCUCACAUCAAGCAUGGGAUCUCUACAGACUUUCUUCAUGACUGAUGUAUGUCAUCAAUUUCAGAGCAUUGCCACAAGAGUGGCACAAUUUUUCCCUCAGAUGUUUGUUAUGUAGAACAAAAGAUAUGGGACAUCCUUUUCUUCUGUAAUUUUUUCAAAAAUUAAUUUCUUCCUCCAAACAUGAUGAUGAUGAUUCACUGCAGCUACUCAGAGCUGAACAGUUUUGGGUUGUUGUUUAUUUUUUUUUAAUUCUGCCCUCUCCUUUAAAAAAUAGCCACUGCAUAGUUAGGAAGUAUGAGGAAUCCUGGUUUGAAGCAACUGAAGUCAGUCGGUCCACUGAUGCUUUUUCUCAUGGUGAAUUGAUUGAACUGUUGGAAGGGAGAUAGGUGAAACUGCCACAAAUAAAAAUCACCUAAUGACCAUUAGGUCUAUGCAAAAAGAUCUCAUGUUGUCCAGAAAAGAUUGCCAGACAUCAUUUUGUAUGUAUUUAAAACUUGUAAGUGCUUCUCAUUGGCUGUGACUGCAGCCCUUAAUUUUCUAAGUUUUAGUUUGAGGAUUGUUUUCUCCUUUUGGACAAUUUUAGUGAAGUCUGAGAAACUAAUAUGGUGUGAUAUGCAAAACAGGUUUUAUUGCUGUUCAGUGGCAGGGAAAUGGUGUGUUGCCAGACUUUGCCUUUAGCCCAGUUAGGAGGUUGAAGCCCGUUUUUUUCCCCCAGUUUGCUCUUGAACAUUAAAUGUUUUCUUAACAAUACUAACUUAUUUUGGAUUUUAAACUUUUUCCUGAUGUAUAAAGAGUUGGAGCCCCUUACAACCUCUCAGCUAAAAGUGUAACAUUAUUUAUUAAACCUGUGGUUUCCUUUAUUCCUGUUCUAGAUUCUGCAAAACACAGUGUGGGCUGGAUGGGCUCCUAGGAAAACCAGAAACUAACAGUACUAAAACUAGCUUUCCAGCAAAGGCAUCAAAUCACUGUAAAGCUCCCUUUACCUUUAUGGACUUUCACAUCCCUUGAAUUUGCAAAAGUGUUCUUUGCUAAUAAGGAGGUUUGUAAGACUGGCUUACCCUAGUCUAGUUAUCUUUUCCACUCCAGUGUUUCUCACUUUGCAUAGUCCUGAAUUCUGGGCUUCUGCAGCAUUUCCAGAAUUGAGACAGAGCAAAAUUAUUAAAAUCAAGUAAAAUAAUAUUGACAGUGUAUCACCUUCUGUGAAGGCCCACUUUAGUUCAUGUUUUCCUUCCACAGUAGUUCUGCAUGCUAAAUGUGAUUAUAUUAAUUGGUCUGUAUAUUUCUGAAUUAAUACUAAUAAAUUCCAUUAAAGUGGAA